CGAACCAAACCACGAACCUCCCGAAAGCUCCUGGUAUCGACGGUUUUUCCCUUCCAAUUCCAAAACCUCAAGUUAAUUGUUGUAACAGACAGUGACGUUCUCUUUUCUCUCUUCACUCCCUCUCCCCUCCACCCUCCGACAUCAUGCAGUCCUUCGCCAGAGCCACUCGCGCCUCGGCGCUGCAAAACGUUGGCCGCCGAGCCUAUUCUUCGUCGCAGUAUGCCCAGACCAUCAACAACCUGCGCAUCAACGCCGACACCAAGGUCAUCUACCAGGGCUUCACCGGAAAGCAGGGAACUUUCCACGCUCAACAAGCUAUCGAAUACGGCACAAAGGUCGUCGGUGGAACAAACCCCAAGAAGGCUGGCCAGACUCACCUCGGCCUCCCUGUCUUCAAGAACGUUGGUGAAGCCGUCAAGGAGACUGGUGCCACUGCUACUGGUCUCUUCGUCCCUCCUCCUCUGGCCGCCGCCGGUAUCGAGGAGGCCCUCGAGGCCGAGAUCCCCCUCGUUGUCUGCAUCACUGAGGGUAUCCCCCAGCACGACAUGGUUCGCAUCACCGACAUGCUCAAGACCCAAAGCAAGACUCGUCUCGUCGGACCCAACUGCCCCGGUAUCAUUGCUCCCGAGCAGUGCAAGAUCGGUAUCAUGCCUGGCUUCAUCCACAAGCGCGGCCGCAUCGGUAUCGUCUCUCGUUCCGGUACUCUGACCUACGAGGCCGUCAACCAGACCACCCAGGCCGGUCUUGGUCAGUCUCUCGUUGUCGGAAUCGGCGGUGACCCCUUCUCCGGUACCAACUUCAUCGACUGCCUCAAGGUCUUCACUGAGGACCCCGACACCGACGGUAUCAUCAUGAUUGGUGAGAUUGGUGGUUCCGCCGAGGAGGACGCCGCCGAGUUCCUCAAGCAGGCCAACACUGUCAACGGUGGUAAGCCGGUUGUCAGCUUCAUCGCUGGUAUCUCUGCUCCUCCCGGCCGACGAAUGGGUCACGCCGGUGCCAUCGUUUCCGGUGGUAAGGGUGGUGCCGACACCAAGAUCAAGGCUCUUGAGGACGCUGGUGUCAUUGUCGAGCGCUCUCCCGCUGGUCUGGGCAAGGCUCUCUACAACGAGUUCGUCCGCCGCGAUCUGCUAUAAUUUUAUAACUAAGCUACGUCUACUAUUUGGUUCACCCUUGGGAGACAAGAUGUGUGAGUCGGGGAGUGAGUUAGUAUAGUCCGGUUCAUUGACCGAGGACUCGCUCAUGGAGGGCUAUUUGCAUCAUACUGCAUGAUUUCUUCGUACGUACCUGAUAGAGCAAGGAUGGUCUGGCUGGCGCUCAGGCUAGAUUGUGGAAAGGCCUUUUGUCGUUCCUUUCCGCAGGCGAGUGUGUCAUAACCCUCAGCACGCAAUGCGCCAACAAUGUCACAUUGCAUGAACCAUCUAAUGUCGAAAAGUGUUUCAAGCUAUGGCCAUGUUGGAGUAUUCACAUGUGACAAUG